AUGUCAUACCACCCGUCGACACAGGGCAUCCAUGCCGAUGACCGGAUCAACAUCAUCACUGACGUCGCACCUCCCAUCCACACUGCAACUACCUUCCGCUACCCAAGAGACCCAGACCAAUUACAACCUGUCCCAGAGGAAGGCGAAUAUCUUGACCUGUCCACACCACUGGUAUACUCACGUAUUACCAACUCGAAUAUCAACCGCAUCGAAACUGUAUUGGCUCCAUUGAUAUUCCCAGGCGCAAAAGAGGAGGAGCUUGAGAGCUUGGGCAACAAUGUCGUUAGCUAUAGCAGUGGUUUGAGUGCGUUCCAUGCGCUGCUAGUGAACGUGGUACCGAAGGUCAUUGCGAUCAGUGGAGGGUAUCAUGGAUGUCAUGGGGUAAUUGACCUCCACAAGAAAAUGCACAAUGUCAAAACCGUCGACCUCCACGCCGACGACGCCGCCUGGGACGCAGCCGGCCUUGGAAAAGGCGACCUCGUGCACCUCGAAACACCAAUCAACCCCACAGGAGAAGCCUUCCAAAUCGCAAAGUUCGCCGAGCGAGCGCACAAGCGCGGCGCCUUACUCUCCAUCGACGCGACGUUCGGUCCACCGGGCCUCCAAGAUCCAUUCGCAUGGGGCGCAGACAUAGUAAUGCACAGUGGCACAAAAUACAUCGGCGGCCACAGCGACAUGCUCUGCGGCAUACUCGCUACCGCGCCAACUGCAGACGGCACGAAGAGAGGGAAGGUCUUGCGCGCUGAACGCAUCUUCCUAGGAAGCGUGAUGGGCAAUCUUGAAGGCUGGCUCGGAGUCCGCAGCUUGCGCACUUUCGACCUACGCGUGCAGCGCCAAUCUGCCAAUGCGGAGAAGCUCGUGUCAUGGCUGCAGACUUCUCUGGAAGAGAAUACAGAAGAAGCGAAGAUUGUCAAGAAAGUCGUAAGGAAGCUGGCGCAUGCUAGUCUGCAAAAGGACGAUUUCGCGUGGCUCAAGAAGCAAAUGCCGAAUGGUUUUGGGCCCGUGUUUGCAAUUUACACGCAUCAGACUGUGCAGGCGCGGACUUUGCCGUCAAAGUUGCGUUUGUUCCAUCAUGCAACCAGUCUUGGUGGUGUUGAGAGCUUGAUCGAGUGGAGGCGCAUGAGCGACACGAGCGUUGAUAACACAUUGCUGAGAGUCAGUGUUGGCGUGGAGAGCUGGGAAGACCUCAAGGAUGAUCUAAUCCGAGCUUUCAAGGCGCUGGUAGACGGGGAGGCGAGGAAUGGAGUGGCGAGUAGUGUACAGGUUGGACAGAAGGGCGCGAGUGUGCCGGCACAGGGAGCUGGUGCUGUUUAA